AGGACAUGGUCAUUAUAAAGCAACGUAUCCUUUUCACACACAGACAGCAGAGAGAAAUACUGCAGCGGUCCCUAUCUGGACCCCUGCACCAGCAUCUGCCUCCUCCUUCUGCUCCACGUGUUCUGCUAGGUAUAACCCAUCCUCUCUUUCCACUCUGUAUCUGCUCAUACUGGGCUGUUAGUUGCAGGGGGAGAUCUAGCGCAGAUCAAUGCUGCCUUUUGUCUCAUGUUCCAACCCAACCACUUCAUUGAGGAACUGCAGGAAAACAAGAAAAGAACAGGUUGACCUUUCCUUCUGGAAACUGGAUGACUGAUUCCUAACAUCACUGGUGGCUCUCAAAGAUGUCAUGAGUUGAAUCUUUUCAAAAAGUCAACACAUUGCCCAUGCCACCAUGUCUGGAUUUGGUCCUUCGGCAGUUUUACCAGAAGACAUCGGUAAUGGAACAUUUUUGGAAUUGUUCCCUACCUCUCUCUCAACCUCAGUGGAUUCUGCAUCAUCAACACCUAACCGGUUAUCAAACGUUUACGUCUACGUGUCCAUCUUUCUUAGCCUAUUGGCCUUUCUUCUUUUGCUGCUAAUCAUUGCUCUUCAGAGACUAAAAAAUAUUAUAUCCUCAACGUCAUCCUAUCCAGAAUACACAAGUGAUGCAGGGAGCUCCUUCACUAACUUAGAAGUAUGUAGUAUUUCUUCCCAGAGGUCUUCUUUUUCUAACCUUUCUUCAUAAGCAGCGAUAAAACAGAAUUCCUAAAGACAGGAAAGCUGAAAAUCAUGCAUGUGGAUAACACCUUUGAAUCUGAACACACAUCCUGUAUUCUGUUUGAAAUGACCCUGCUUUUUAGCUCAUAUUUGCUUUUGUCAUUUAUCCGUUUCAUCUGCUUCGUGCCCAGUUUCAGUCAACUUGAAUGUUUCUCUUGUUACAUAAACUUAUGAAGCAAAUGCACUCCCUCUAAUCAGGACACUCUGGGAGAUCAAAGCCUUUUAUAUUAUAGAGCUCUUGAUCUAAACACUAACCUGUGCUUUUACUCCUGUGUAUAAACUGCCACACACUGUACCUCUAUCAUACUUGGCAAUUGUACUUGCAUUUACUGGUCCAUCUGUAAGUUUGUUACUUUUAAGAGAUUAUUU